AUGGAAACAUGCUGUAUAUCGACCAACGGAACGCUGGACCUGGUGAAUGGAAAUAUCAUCCCUCAUUUUGACGUCGAGGGUCCGUUAAACAAGACAGGAACGUUUGGGAGUCAAACGCUCCUGUCCACUGCAAACACCACCGCCAACGCUGCGCGGCAUCUCUGGAACUUUGCCCAAGUUUGGCCCCAAGAGUUUGACAUCUAUAAGGACAAGUCUGAGAAUGACCGAGUCGGCUUAUGGACGGAGUCAUAUGGCGGUCGCUAUGGACCUGGCUUCGCUGCAUACUUCCAUCAGCAGAAUGAGAAGAUUGUCAAUUCCAGUGACACCUUUACACAGAUAAAUUUUGACACCUUGGGGGUCAUCAAUGGGUGCAUCGAUCUGCGCACACAGGAAACAGCUGACCCAGAUUACGCCUAUAACCCAAACAACUUUGGAGUUACUGCGAUUAAUAGAGACCAAUGGACUGACGCAAUCGAAGCUUUCGAGAGACCCAAGGGCUGUAUAGACCAGAUAGACAACUGUCUUCAGCUUGCCGCAGAUCUCGACCCAGAUAUGUAUGGGAAUGUUACAUUGGUCAAUGAGGUUUGCUACAAUACAAGCACCAAUUGCCAAGCAGAAGUCGAGGCGCCAUAUAUCUUCACCAGCAAAGUCCAACAGGCUCUAGGGGUCCCCGUUAACUUCACCUUGCUCUCGAACAAUGUCGGAAAAGCAUUCAACCUUACGAGUGACUACUCGCGACGAGAUCCCUUGGGCUCUAUCGGAGACAUUGCCUAUCUCCUCGAGCACAAUGUCCAAGUGGCAUUAUUGUACGGAGAUCGGGAUUUUGACUGCAACUGGGCCGGAGUAGAGCGAGUCAGCAUCCGAUACGAAUCCUCUGUCGCAUUUCAAGCAGCUGGGUACGCAAAUAUUACCCAUGACUCGGAUAUUUGGGGCCAAGUUCGUCAGCAUGGAAACUUCUCAUUCAGCUGCAUCUACCAGUCCGGCCACAUGAUUCCCUCGUAUCAACCAGAGGCGGCACUGGAGGUCAUCCGGCGCGCCAUGAACAGCAAAGAUGUAGAGACAGAUACUCUGCCACCAGCUCCGGCCCCAACAUGCUACCUUUGGGCCCUGAGUGGCACAUGUGCGGAGAAUCAGAAGGAUGCUGUUGGAGACAACAUUUCUAAGAUCGAGAACUAUGUAAUAACGUAUCCGGAACAGCCGAGUGGUACUUGUCCGAAUACGCCUACGUCUGUUGCCUCCAACGAUUCUGAGUUAUUUGGUUUUCAUAGGCCUGGGGUCUUGUAG